CCGUCAAAAUGGAUCGCCACGUUUCAGUUUGUCUAUUGAAAAACUCAAAGGAAGUCUUUGUGAUAGAAUUGAUGUUGAAAAAUCAGAUUACAUUUUUUUUUAUCAAAGAGCAUCUUCGUUUGCAGCUAUUUUGUAGAAUGAUUAUGCAUUAUGCGACUUUGUUAUGGUUUAUUUUAUUUGGCUUAUGCCCUAUGUCUGUGCCUGACUCCAUACCUAUUGGUAUGUUUAGGACAGAGUGUCACGAUCGACAUUUCUGGCUGGCUGUCAGUGCAAAUUUCCUUGGCCAGAAAUUUAGGUUUGAUGUUCAAGGACGCUCUGAGGUCCAUGAAGUUUCUGGUCAGUGGGCAGCAGAGUGUGGCUAUACUUUUGCUGUUGACCCCUGGGGUGACCUAGAGCUGCGUGUUUCCUACCUGGCUUGUUUGGUGGAGAAUCAGAGGGACUCUGAAUUCCGAUUGCUUGUGUGGUUUGUAAAUGAGGACUCCUAUGGAGAGAAAUCCUACCCAUUACUGCUUGCCUGCCCUCUUCAGGUCCCGUGGGGUGCUCGAGAGCUCGUCUGUGAGGAGAACUACAUGGAGGUCUCUGUGCUUAAAAAGCUGCCUCCUGAUAAUCAUAUAGCCUCUGCGUGGGUGACCCCAGUCUCUAUGAAUGAAGGUUUAAUGGAGUGGAGGGUGGUGUUUCGUAUACCAAUGCUCAGUGAGGAGGGUGGCAUGCGAGAGGAGACCGUGCCUGUCAGAAUGGCACAUCUGUUGGGUUACCACAUAAACACCACUGACACUCGCAUCCUUUUGCGUUGUCCCUACGGAUCCAAACUGGCUUACACGCUGCAGCAGGAUGAGUUUAGGGUGGAGGUGAUCAGUGCCACAAUCCUCUACAAGCUCCAGUGGACCAUGUUGACUGUGGACAUGUCUGUGGCCUGCACUAUGAAUCAGGCCCGAAUGGAUGGUUCAGAUGUCUUGUGGUCCCUCCCACGUGAGCUUCCCGGACUGGUCCAGUCUUCCUUCAUAGAAAAGAGCCUUAAGAUAGGAGUAGGGGGACGCUACCUGUCUGAGUGUGUAGCCCACCAACGUGGUUAUGUGAUGCAUGAAAACAACAGAACUUGGGAGAUCCGUAUUCCUUUUGGAGCUGAAGGAGGAUUCAUUAAGAGUCAUGUGAUUGAUGGGCGCUACUCUCAGUCUUAUUUUGUGGAUGUGUUUUUGAUGCGGGAAUGGGAGGAUACAUCAUGGAGUCUUACUCGACAACGAAUCUUUAAAGUUCUUUCAAUACAUCACCUCCCCAGACCAAUCACACUUGUAAACCGGACUGAACCUUCACAGGGAGAAUUUUCAAUAUCUCUGUGCUGUUUACCUCCUGAUGUUUCUCUGGUGAAUUUGAGCAUAGCUGGUCAGCCUUUGGUUUGGAAGGAAAUGGACAAGACUGGAGUUCGUGUUUCUCAUAACCCACUGCCUAACAACUCCUACACUUACCUUCUUCAAAUCCCUUUUACACAUUCACUAAUCUUGCAGAAGUAUUUGGGAGACAGAUUUAGGAGAUACACUUUAUCAGUGGGCUUCUUGUUUAUUCUGUUUCCCGAAGAAGAAUUUUACAACCAUUCUGCUAUUGUUGAAGCUGAUCUCCAGGAUGUAGUUCUGCCCAAGUUGGAGGGAGAGUGUACAAAUCGGGGUGUGCGUGCUCUGGCUUACUAUGGUAAUAUAGACUCCUCUGAGUGGAGUUUGUCCAUAGGAGGCAUGAAAGUUGACUGGGAGCUGGUGGAGCUGGGGGGAUUCUCUCUGGAUGCCCACGAGCUCUACCUCAGCUUGGAGGUGCCGCUGUAUGCCCCAGGCAUGGCCUAUGAGGGCUUGGGUCUAAAAGGUCUGUUAGUGAGAGUGCUUGUGAGUUUAGUUCACUUGGACACAGGAGAGGAACAGACUCAUGUGCAGCGCUGUGUGUUCCCGGUGAGAGAAUUAUUAGUAUGUCUGCCUGAUGGAAGAAUGGUAGUUAUGGUGGACACAACUGGUGUUUCUCCUCCAGUAAAUCCUAAUCACACAGCCCUUUUGGACCCUGCCUGUAGACCGCUGGAAACCGAUCACUCUAGAGCCAUUUUCAGCUUCUUAAUAGACACUUGUGGCACUGUUGCAAUGUAUGAUGGGGAUCAGACAAUUUAUAGAAAUGAGGUGAGAAACAUGCCCCCUUUUCCUUCACACCUGAGACCACUUAGCCGACCUCAACCACACUACAGAGUUCCUCUUGCCUGUGUUCACCCAGUAAAUGGAAAUCGAACACUUACAAUCUAUCUACCAUCCCAUUCUUCCAUACCACAGUCUCGUGCACAGAAAACCACUUCAUACAUAAGGCAUCUUGAAGAACGAGGUGAAAAAAGGCUUUCCCUGCCAGUUGGGGGAUGACACCAUUAAAGCAAUAAAAAGUACUACUGACCGUACUACUGCUAUGGAGCUAAAGGUGGAACCUGACAGCCCAAUGGAAGGGGCUUGUCCUGCUAAGUCACCUUAUGCUGUGAUGACACUACAGAUGUUCAAUA